AUGCACUCAACGACUUUAGUCGGUAAAAGUGUCACCGAUUUUCAAAUUAGCAUUCAGAUCUUCAAAGAGGAUUAUCUAGGUGUUCGUCUAUGCAUAAGUGAAAUUUCUGAUCCUUGUGGAACUUGCAUUCAUCGCUUCAUUCUUGUGGCACAAACGACUUCCAGAAUGCACAGCUACUCCAUUAUCAUUCUUAUUAUGGUUGUCGCCGGUUCAGUUUCUAGCUAUCCGGAUUUCAAAAAGAUGCGCGGAGAAAUUAGACGAGGCAGCAUCAUUUUGGGAAAACGAGAAAGCCCACCUGAGGAAUUGCGAGCUCCAGCUCAAUCAAAUCAUCACAUCUCACAACCAUUCGAUUAUUGGGUUGACUUACCAACUGUUCGAGUGUUGGACGACGAUAAUUAUAGAUUUUUGGCACCCGAUGUUGACACCGAUGUGAUGGAAAGAGUCGCAAAAAGCGGAAUCCGACCAAAAUUGGCACUGAGUUCUCGUCUUUGGGGACGUCGACGAUGA